GAUGCCGCCCAGCAUCACCGCUGCUGCAGUGCCUAUAAAGCGGCGAGACGCGAAGCUGCGGCAAGGUCGCGCAGCAUCACGGCGAACGCUAGGUUCACGGAGAUCGUUAGCGUGCUUUGGAGCGCGUCGGAUAUUUCCUCACACGCGUUCAGCUGAGUGGAGUUGUUGGCUGGACGCACGCUCUGCGGGACGCGCGGUGCGUUGUUUUAGUCUUCCUGCAGCAUCAGUGUCACCUCUACCGGCUCCGCUGCACUUUACCGGACAAUAUCGGCUCUGAGGAGGCUUUUCUGUCAUGUCGGCGUCACCUCCGCCCGCCGCCGCCGCGAGCGACCAUCUCUCCGCGCCCGAGCCUGACGCGCUCAAGCUCUCCGGUCCCACGCCGAGCCAGAGCCGCUUCCAGGUGGACCUGGUGUCGGAGUGCGGCGCGGAAACGGCGCUGGCCUCGGAAUCCUCCCCACCCGAAUACUCCGCCGAGCCGCUCCGGGAUGCCGCGUCCGGCGGCGAGGAAGCCAAGGGCCGGUUUCGCGUCGUGAACUUCGCGGCCUCGAGUCCGGACGCGGCGCCGGCGGACAGCGCGCAGAACGGGGACACGGUGAUGAGCGAUGGCAGCCUGCACUCGUCCACCGGCGGCCAGCAGCACCAUCACUACGACACCCACACCAACACCUACUACCUCCGCACCUUCGGACACAACACCAUCGACGCCGUGCCCAACAUCGACUUCUACCGGCAGACCGCCGCGCCGCUGGGCGAGAAGCUGAUCAGACCCACCCUCUCCGAGCUGCACGACGAGCUGGACAAGGAGCCGUUCGAGGAUGGCUUCGCUAACGGCGAGGAGCUGACUCCUGCAGAGGAGGCCGCGGCUAAAGAAGCCUCCGAGUCUAAAGGAGUGGUGAAGUUCGGCUGGAUCAAAGGAGUGCUGGUGCGCUGCAUGUUAAACAUAUGGGGCGUGAUGCUCUUCAUUCGAAUGACAUGGAUCGUGGGCCAGGCUGGAAUUGCGUAUUCCUGCAUCAUUGUUAUCAUGGCCACUGUUGUGACUACCAUCACGGGCUGCUCGACCUCUGCGAUCGCCACCAAUGGCUUUGUACGAGGAGGUGGGGCGUAUUACUUAAUAUCUCGAAGUUUGGGCCCAGAGUUCGGCGGCUCCAUUGGUCUGAUUUUUGCCUUUGCCAAUGCUGUGGCCGUGGCCAUGUAUGUCGUGGGCUUUGCAGAAACUGUAGUUGAGCUGCUCAUUAAUUUCGAUGCACUCAUGCUCGAUCAGAUUAAUGACGUCAGGAUCAUUGGAACCAUUACGGUCAUCCUGCUGCUUGGCAUCUCAGUCGCUGGAAUGGAGUGGGAGGCCAAGGCUCAAAUAUUCCUCCUUGUUAUUUUGGUCACUGCUAUCUUUAACUAUUUCAUUGGGACCUUCAUUCCUGUCGAGUCCAAGAGAAAAUUUGGCUUCUUCAGCUAUGAUGCCAGCAUCUUGGCAGAUAACUUCGGCCCAGACUUUCGAGGGCAGACAUUUUUCUCUGUCUUUUCCAUCUUCUUCCCGGCGCCCACAGGCAUUUUGGCGGGAGCCAACAUCUCCGGAGAUCUAGCAGUGAGAUCCUCAAAAUGGGCCAUCCCAAAAGGAACGCUGUUGGCUAUCCUCAUAACGGGCCUCGUGUACAUGGGUGUGGCCAUUUCUGCAGGUGCUUGCAUCGUGCGGGAUGCUACAGGAAUGGAGAGUAACGUAACUCUCAGUGGCUUAAACUGCACUGACGCGGCCUGCAAGUUCGGUUAUGACUUCACUUCCUGCAGACCUGUUGGAGGAGGAAAGUCUGCCUGCAAGUUCGGCCUUCACAAUGAUUUCCAGGUCAUGAGCGUGGUGUCCGGCUUCGGGCCCCUCAUCACGGCCGGCAUCUUCUCAGCGACCCUCUCCUCUGCCCUGGCCUCUCUCGUCAGCGCCCCCAAGGUCUUCCAGGCCUUAUGCAAAGACAAUAUCUACCCUGGAAUUGCAGUUUUCGGGAAGGGCUACGGCAAGAACAACGAGCCCCUGCGAGGAUAUUUGCUCACCUUUGGCAUUGCCUUGGCCUUCAUUGUCAUUGCGGAGUUGAACGUCAUCGCCCCGAUCAUUUCCAAUUUCUUCCUGGCAUCUUACGCUCUCAUCAACUUCUCUGUGUUUCACGCAUCGCUGGCCAAUUCCCCCGGAUGGAGGCCGAGCUUCAAGUACUACAACAUGUGGGUGUCUCUGGCCGGGGCCAUCCUGUGUUGUGUGGUCAUGUUCAUCAUCAACUGGUGGGCGGCCCUCCUGACCAACGUCAUCGUUUUGUCCCUCUACAUUUACGUCAGCUACAAGAAACCAGAUGUGAACUGGGGCUCGUCCACUCAAGCGCUGACGUAUCAUCAGGCCCUGACACAAAGCCUACAGCUGUGCGGAGUAGCUGACCACAUCAAAACCUACAGGCCACAGUGUCUGGUGAUGACCGGAGCUCCAAACUCACGCCCAGCUCUUCUUCAUCUGGUGCACGCCUUCACCAAGAACGUGGGUCUGAUGCUGUGCGGCCACGUGCGCGUCAGUUCCCGGCGGCCCAACUUCAAAGAGCUGAACAGCGAUAUGCUGCGCUACCAAAGGUGGCUCCUCAACAACAGCUCCAAGGCGUUUUACACUCCUGUGGUGGCUGAAGACCUUCGCCAAGGAACCCAGUACCUGCUGCAGGCUGCUGGUCUGGGCAGACUGAGGCCCAACACGCUGGUGCUCGGCUUCAAGAACGACUGGCGCAUCGGAGAUAUAAAGGAAGUUGAGACCUACAUAAACCUGAUGCAUGACGCAUUUGAUUUUCAGUACGGUGUGGUCAUUCUCAGACUGCGAGAGGGACUCGAUAUCUCUCACAUUCAAGGCCAAGAUGAUUCUUCAGCGAUGAAGGAUGUGGUGGUUUCAGUGGACAUGAGUAAAGACUCUGAUGGGGACUCGUCCAGACCCUCCUCCAAGGCCACCAGUGUCCAGAACAGCCCGGCCGUCCAGAAAGAUGAGGAUGAGGAUGGCAAAGCCUACACUCGGCCGCUGUUGAAGAAAGAGAAGAGGAGCCCGACGGUUCCCCUGAAUGUGGCCGAUCAGCGGCUGCUGGACGCCAGUCAGCAGUUCCAGCAGAAGCAGGGGAAGGGCACCAUCGACGUCUGGUGGCUCUUUGAUGACGGAGGUCUGACUCUACUGAUCCCCUACCUGAUCGCCAACAAGAAGAAAUGGAAGGACUGUAAGAUCCGCGUCUUCAUCGGGGGCAAGAUCAACCGAAUCGACCAUGACCGCAGAGCCAUGGCCACACUGCUCAGCAAGUUCAGGAUCGAUUUCUCUGACAUCACGGUCCUGGGCGACAUCAACACAAAGCCCAAGUCAGAGGGUUUGACAGAGUUUGCUCAGAUGAUCGAGCAAUAUAAGCUGAGAGAAGAUGACAUGGAGCAGGAAGCUGCGGAGAAGCUGAAGAGCGAAGAGCCCUGGAGAAUCACAGACAACGAGCUGGAGCUCUACAAAGCCAAGAGUAACCGUCAGAUCCGACUGAACGAGCUCUUGAAGGAGCACUCGAGCACAGCCAACCUCAUCGUCAUGAGCAUGCCGCUGGCCAGGAAAGGAGCCGUCUCCAGCGCUCUUUACAUGGCCUGGCUGGACACACUAUCCAAAGACCUGCCGCCCAUCCUCUUAGUGCGCGGGAACCAUCAGAGCGUCCUCACCUUCUACUCGUAGAGCGCUCUCAGACGAGCACAGCACCUCAGACUGAUGAUGAUGAUGAUGAUGAUAGACGUUUCUCGACAGAGCUGAAACAAACGGACUCCUUCCAGGCCGCAGAGCUCAACAGGAAAGAUCAUCGUUUGGUGGUUUAUUGUCCUCAGCUCACAGGUUUCCGAGCACACCUUGUUACACUGAUUGUUGUUAUCAUUACUAUGACUGUCACAACUUUUUAAGUUGUGGAUUUUUUUCCCUCUUUUUUUUAUUUGCUCUUGAUGAAGCAAUAAUCACCUCAUUUCUUAUUUUCUCACUUUGAAGAAAAACACGAUUCUUUGCCACACUUUUUAUAGCCUUGUGGACGUGCCUUCCUGUGCAAUCAGAUUCAAUUCUUACACUUCUCCCU